GACGGGGAGGAGGUGCCAGGCUGUUUUCUGGUUGCUAGCUGCCGCCGCUCCCCCAGCCGCCAGGACGCUUCAUUGUCACCGAGCCUCGGAGUUAGCGCCGGGGCCGGGGGCGCAAGGUCGCUGCCCGAGGCCUCGGCCCCGCGCGAUCCAGCUUGAAGGGCCCCGCGCACCUCUCGCCGUUCGGUCCCGCAGGCCCUGCGUCCCAGGCCCGACCCGUGCAGGGCUUGCCUGGCCACAUGAAAGGCCCCAGGGCCAUUGGCAGCCCUGCGGGCAGCCCUGGAAGCGUGGACCUGUGUCUGGCGGGCCUCCCUCCGCCCGUGUCCCGGCGCCCCAGCAGCGCCUCUGCCGCCAAGCCCAUCACCCGCUCCAUCUCCAUGGUCACGGGUGGCGCGCCCGGGAGGAAGGCGCCGGAGGCCCCAGGGCCCAGAGGCUCCCAGGCUGCCAACAACCUUCGCAGAUCUAACAGCACCACGCAGGUCAACCAGUCACAAGCCGACCAUGCGUGGACCGGCCCCCGCAGGCCGACGGAGCCCCCGGACUCCCUGUUGCUCUCUGAGGGCAGCCCCAGUGAGAGAAAGAGGCUGGCUGGUCCAAGCAGAACUUCUAGUGAGAAGGGAGCCACGUGGAACAUCCUGGACGACCGGCCCAUGGCCUUCAGCUCGCCGCCCGACGCCCAGAGUCCCAGCGCCCUCGACGUGCCAGCGGGCCCACGGAGGAGAGAGUGCACGGUGCCCCUGGCGCCCACCUUCACUGCCAACAAUAGGAGCAGCAAGGGAGCCGUGGGCAACUGCGUGACCACCAUGGUGCACAACCGCUAUCCUCCCUCGGAGAAGGCGCCGCCGCCCCCCAAGAGCUCCAACCACACGGCUCCCUCCCUCAACAAUAUCGUCAAGGCCACCACGGGCGAGGGCGAGAGCUGCAGCUUCGGGAAGGCGCAGAAGAACGUGGCCCGCAGCAGCCACGCGGUCCAGAGCAACUCGGGAGGUGCCACGGGCCAGCUCAGACGGAAGGAGGUGACUGAGGAGGAGGCCGAGAGGUUUAUCCACCAGGUGAACCAGGCCGCCGUCACCAUCCAGCGCUGGUACCGGCACCAAGUGCAGCGGCGCCGAGCAGGAGCGGCCAGCGUGCAGCGCCUGCUGGAGUCAAAGCGAGCGGGGCAGCGGCAGCGGCUAGGAGAGGGGACCCUCCUGGAGCAGCAUCAGCAGAAGGAGGCAGCCAGGAGAAGGGCCCGGGAGGAGAAGGCACGCCAGGCCCGGAGGGCGGCCAUUCAGGAACUGCAGCAGAAGCGAGCGCAGAAGUCAGGCGACACUGACCUCGGGCUGCUGAAGGGGACCAGGGAGACAGGGAAGCCCCAGCCCACCCAGGAGCUGCCCCUGAGCCCGGGGAGCACUGCCCAGGAGACCCGCAAGGCCAGUAAUGCCGGGGCUGGCUUGCGCGCUGCAGGCCCAGAGGACCCCUGCCAGCCUGCCCCCGACACAGCCCUGGAGCCCCAGCAGUUUCCAGAGGACAAGCCUCAGGAUGCCAGCUCCCAGGACACGGCAGCUGGUGAGAUCCUGGAGGUGGUGGCCCCCACUGAGGGCAGGGUCAAGUCCAGGGCAACCCUGGACGAUCUGCUGGACACGCUGAAGUUGCUGGAGCAGGAGCCAGAGCCGCUGCCCCGCCCUAGGGCCUAUCGCAAGGACAAAUACGCCUGGACCGACGAGGAGGACUAUGCCAGCUCCCUGACGGCCCACAACCUGGAGAGGUUUGGGAGGCUCAGCGUGGCCGCCAGCCCCCCCGAGGAUGGGGCCCUGCUCUCAGAGGCCAAGCUGCGCAGCAUCCUGCGCUUCCUGGAUGAGACAGAGGAGUCUGGGCAGCGCCAGGCAGCCCCAGCCCCCCAGGGCCACGUGCCGGAGGAGGGUCUGGGGUGCUCAGGGCCGGUGUCUGAGGCCAGCACGUCGGCGAUGCGGCUGCAGCUGGAGGUGGAGGAGAAGAAGCAGGCGAUGGUGCUGUUGCAGCGGGCGCUGGCACAGCAGCGGGACCUGACCGUGCGGCGUGUCAAAGAGACGGAGAAGGAGCUGGGCCGGCAGCUGCGGCAGCAGAGGGAGCAUUACGAGGCCACCAUACAGCGGCACCUGUCUUUCAUUGACCAGCUGAUCGAGGACAAGAAGGCCUUGGGUGAGAAGUGCGAGGCCCUGGUGGCCGAGCUGAAGCAGGGGGACCAGAGGCGCAAGGACAGGGAGACCCAGAUGCAGGAGCAGCACGAGCUGGAGAUCAAGAAGCUCAAAGAACUGAUGAGCGCCACCGAGAAGGUCCGCAGGGAGAAGUGGAUCAGCGAGAAGACCCGGAAGAUCAAAGAGAUCACCGUCAAAGGCCUGGAGCCCGAGAUCCAGAAGCUGAUCGCCAGGCACAAGCAGGAGGUGAAGAAGCUCAAGAGCCUGCACGCAGCCGAGUUGCUACAGGCGGAUGAGCGUGCGGCCGAGCGCUACGGGCGCCAGGCCGAGGAGCUCCGCCAGCACCUGGAGCGGGAGAAGGAGGCGCUGGGCCGGCAGGAGUGGGAGCGUGCCCAGCAGCGCUUCGAGCAGCACCUGGAGCAGGAGCAGCGGGCCCUGGAGCAGCAGCGGCGGCGGCUCCACAGCGAGGUGGCCGAGGAGAAGGAGCGGCUGGGCCAGCAGGCCGCCAGGCAGCGGGCGGAGCUGGAGGAGCUGAGGCAGCAGCUGGAGGAGAGCAGCUCGGCCGGGGGCCGGGCCCUACGGGCUGAGUUUGAGAAGCGGAGAGAGGAGCAGGAGCGCCGGCACCGGAUGGAGCUGAAGGCCCUGAAGGACCAGCUGGAGGUGGAGAAACAGAUGUGGGAGGCCAACUCCGCCAAGAAGGAGGAAGCAUGGUUGCUGAGCCGGGAGCGGGAGCUGAAGGAGGAGGUCCGGAGAGGCCGAGACGAGGAGAUCGAGCGGGUCGUCCGCCGGCUGGAGGCCGACAUGACGCUGGCCAGGGAGGAGAGUGAGCGGGCGGCCGAGAGCCGGCUAGAGCAGCUGACGAGGGAGAAGCAGGCGGAGCUGGAGGAGGUGCACGGGAGGGUGAAGGUGGCCCUGGCAAAGAAGGAGGAGGCCGUGAACAGCCUCCGGAAGCAGCACGAGGCCGCGAUGAAGCGGGCCGACCACCUGGAGGAGCUGCUGGAGCAGCACGGGCGGCCAUUUCCGAGCACCAAGUGACUGCCAGCGUGUGGAUAGUGGACAUUCUGACAGCAGCAGGCUGAGGGCGCCCCAUGGGGAGAGCGCCAUAACAUAAAGUGGUGUUUUUUUGUA